CCGUGCGCCAGGGUCACGAUAAUAUUGCGGCGCGGGACGCCAACGGCUGCACGAGGAAGGUCCGUAGGACUCCUCCGGAGCCACGUCGCACCGCGCACGCGCAGCAACGGCUGCCCCGGCCGCGCGCACAGGAACCACCAGCAAGACCCAGCCAAGAUGAGCAGCCCCGAGCUGCGCAACGUGGAAGUAAGAGUACGGGUGCGCCCCGGCUCGAAGAAGAGCGCUGUACGCACGCACUCCACGAAAGAACUCUCGGUCGACGACAAGCGCUGGGCCUUCGACCGCGUCUACGGUCCCGACUCGCAACAAUCCGACGUCUACGAGGAGGCAGUGAAACCGCUCGUCGAGGCGACGCUGGAUGGCUACAACUCGACGGUCUUGGCCUACGGCCAGACGGGCAGCGGCAAGACGUAUACGAUGGGCACCGGGCACGAAACGCUCAGUCAAAACGAAGGCGUGGUCCCUAGGGCGCUGCGGGACCUGUUUGAUCAUGGUAGUGCCGUGAAGAUCCGCGGGUCGUAUGUGGAAGUGUAUAAUGAAGAACUCAGGGACCUCCUCGACCCCGCACCGAAGAAACUCCAUAUCCGCGAAGACGCGACGCGAGGCAUUUUCGUCGACGGUGCCCGGCAAGUGUCCCUGACCUCGGUCGAGGACGCCGUCACUUUGCUAGAGAGAGGUGCUGCUUCAAGAGCGACGGAGGCCACGAAGCUGAACGACCGCUCUUCCAGAAGCCACGCGAUUUUAACGCUGACGGUCGAGCGGCGCAAGCACUUGGUCGAGGACUCCAAUGGUGAUGUCAGAGCCUCGUCGCACAUCGCCGUCGUGCGGUCGAAGAUCCACUGCGUCGAUUUGGCGGGGAGCGAGCGGUGCAAGCGGAGCGGGGCCCAAGGCGCGCGUCUGAAGGAAGGUAUACAUAUCAACGGUGGGCUAUUGGCGCUCGGUAAGGUCAUCUCGGCCCUCUGUGACCGCGAGGAGGGCAAGUCGGCCCACGCGCCCUAUAGGGAGUCGAAGCUUACAAGGUUAUUGCAAGACUCGCUGGGCGGGACAGCGAGAACGUGCAUGCUCGCCUGCGUCUCUCCUGACUCACAAGAUCUGCCGGAGACACUCACAACUUUGGGAUACGCGUCUCGGGCGCGACGGGUGAAGAACACCAUUCAACAAAACGCCACUACUGUCGUCGUGCAGGGCCCUUCGCACCUAGAGUUGGAGAACCGGAGACUGCGGGCGCAACUCGCGGCCAUGAGCGUGGACAAGCCGCCGCCGCCGCCCUCGCCGAGGGACGACUUCGGGGAUGGGCCUCAUCGGUUGCAGCAGGCUGUCUGCGAAGGCAAUCGGCGGCUGGCGCAUGUCAAGGUCGCUUUAGAGUCCAUAGUGGCCAAGGGCGGCCUGGAUCUGAGGACGCGGGACGCGAUUCGAGCUAUUGUGGAGAGCGUAGGUGGGAAUAAAGGUGAUCCUCCUCUAGGUGAGCUCGUGACCGGAGGACCGGUCCGUGCUGUGUUAGAAUUACAAGCGGCCGUCGACCAGCGGGAUGCGAAGCUAAGAUGUCUGGAAACGCAACUACGCGAAGCUAGAAGUGACUUACAACGCGACGAGGAGAUCUUCGCGACGCGAGCGAGGGAGCUGCGAGACUGCAAGGAUGCAUUGCGACGGAAAGAUAGAGAAGUGUCUGACUUGAGGGCGCAUCUCGUGAGGGCCGAAGCUAGAGCGGACGCGACGGAGCAGGUCCUGAAGUCGGCCAAGAGUCGCUUAUCGACCGAUAACACAGAGAAUCAAGACCCCCUCGACCUGACUUCUAAGUUGAGAGCGUCCUGUUUGAGAGCCGAGUCAAAAGCUAAAAGGGACUUGGAUCGCGAGCAGGAGUCCCUCAAGCAGCGCGAACAGGCCCAAAAGAGGCUGCAGGUCCUCGAAGCGGAGAUCUCCACGAAGGAAGCGUGCAUUGCAUCGUUGGCGGCGUCGGAACGGGAAGCGACGAGGGCCGUGUCGCAGUACCAGAAGCGCAUCACUUUGUUGGAGCGCGAGGCCGAGCAGCUACGGUCCAUGCAGUCGCCUUGCACCGUACGCGAGAAGAAGAAUGAACUAGCGCAGCUGAAGAUGCAGGAUAUUGAAAGAGUGGAGCAGCUGCGGAAGGCCUCGGAGGUUAGGAUUUGUGAGUUGCACGAGGAAGUUUCUACUCUCAAAUCGCAGCGCGACUCGCAACGACCUUCUACUUCUAGACCGGUCACGGCGCGGACGCGCGACAAGCUCGAGAAGCGGGCGCACCGCUGGCUGCGACGACGUUUAGAUGCGGUAACACGACCGCCGACGGCCGGCGCCUCGGUUGAAACGGACCCCUUCGACGCUUUACGAAGUGACGUCGCCGAACUCCCGCAAAAGCACUGCGCGGCCGCGCUGACGGAGGCGCUGCGCCAGCUCGUCUCUCAUAGAAUCAACCGCGUCGUCACGCCUCCUGUUCCUCCUGCCACUAUUCAAGCUUACGAACAGAAGAUCGACAUGCUCCUGCGGGAGCUGCAUAAGUAUGAAUCAUAA